GAACAAGCCGAAGACGAGGACGACGAGGCGUACAUGGCUCGGAUAAUGGGCUUCAAGGACUUCCGCACUACGAAAAAUACGCAAGUCCCGGGCAACGACAAGAACUAUGCCGUGUUCAAGGCAAAGAAGAGCGAAUACAGGCAAUACAUGAACAGAGUGGGCGGAUUCAACAGACCACUC